AUGCUACCACAUGGUGCUAAACUCUUAAACACAACACUGCCGUCUUCUCUACUAUCGCCGUCUUCAAACUCCUCGAAAACCAGUCCGGAUUCUGGUUCAGAUUCGGCCCCGGAGCCAAAGACGUCGAGGCUGCACUAUCUCAUUCCAGCCAGCCAGCCAAACUUACAUUUCUGUUACAAUCUAGUUUCCUCGGCCGUCAACCGCUAUCCGGUUCCUACACUGCUAGGCUGGCAUGGAGAGGACGAAUUCGAUGCCGCAAAGACUCAUCUUGCCAAGCUGCGAACCAUGGAACGAUAUUUCAACUCGCUCCCUCCCGAUGAGGACGACGAUCUGGCAAUCAUCGUGGAUGGCUAUGAUAUUCUCAUCCAGCUGCCUCCCGAGAUUAUGGUCGAGAGAUACUUUCAAGUUGCCGAGCGCGCGGAUGCUCAUCUGGCGCAACGGUUUGAUAUCAGCGUUGGCGAGCUCCACCGACGUGGUCUUCGCCAGACCAUCUUCCUGGGGCCUGACAAAAUCUGUUGGCCCAUUGAUCCCGUAGCGCCCCGAUGCUGGACUGCUCCCGAAUCACCCAUCCCACCAGUUGCUUGGGGCCCGGAUAGGGGAGAUAAUGCCAUGUUCUAUGCCGACCCGCGGUGGCUGAAUUCAGGGACAAUCAUGGGGCCCAUUGGCGAUCUGAGGAAAUACAUUGCGGCGACAAUGGACGAGAUCAGGGCCACACACGAUCCUUUGUACGAGUUCAGAGAAUCGGACCAGUACUACAUGGCCAAUGUUUGGGGCCGACAGGAAUAUUGGCGGUCGAGGAUGAUGGGCAGCGAACUCCCAGAAUUCCCGCCUGACAAGAUUAUCCCGGCCAAGAGCGACCCUUUCCAGACGACCGAGUACCAUGUUGCAAUUGAGUACGAGUCUGCGCUGUUCCAGACCAGGGCGGGAUACCAGCCUUAUUUUGGAUAUAUGCAAUUCAAUGAAUCUGGCUUGACAACUAAACUUGCCGUUGAUAGCAUCGUGGCUUCACUGAGCAAGCUCUAUGAUGCUAUCCCAGAAGCUCACCCGGGGUCUACAUCAGCAGAUUGGCUCGGCGUUGUCGAACUGGGCGUCAACUUCAUCACCCAUCAUAUCUACGGCCUCUGGCACUGCACCGGGCCCAAGGAGUUUGUCCAGUUUGAGUAUCCCACGCUGUGGUUCUAUCCCUAUGUCAAAUCUCUACUCAAAGCCGCCGUCAAGGCCUCACAGGCCGGCGAACCUCUGACGCAUAAACUCAUCGAUGGCCGAAAGUGGGUUCCGAAGAACUACUAUCCAGCUGGCGAUACUCCUGAUGACGAAUUCGGCGGGGCCUGGACGGACUUGAAUGGUGAGUUUGCUCCGUGGAGAGAUCUCUGCGAGCCUCACAACGAUUUGCUUUUUGAAGGGGAAGAGAGCACGCCGACUCUGGGAGCGGGUGGACUGGUUUGA